GCUUCGGUCGGAGAAGCUCGAGAAUUACCGAGACUAACACGUUCUCCGGCGCCUGUGAGGCUAUUAGGAGGCAAAGAUGUCGGAGCGAAAAGUGUUAAACAAAUACUACCCGCCGGACUUCGACCCGUCAAAGAUCCCCAAACUCAAGCUCCCCAAGGACCGGCAGUACGUGGUGCGGUUGAUGGCACCCUUCAACAUGAGGUGCAAGACGUGUGGGGAAUACAUCUACAAGGGCAAGAAGUUCAACGCACGCAAGGAAACUGUGCAGAACGAGGCAUACCUGGGCCUGCCCAUCUUCCGCUUCUAUAUCAAGUGCACCCGCUGCCUGGCCGAGAUCACGUUCAAGACAGACCCUGAAAACACGGACUACACCAUGGAGCACGGUGCCACACGGAACUUCCAGGCCGAGAAGCUCCUGGAGGAGGAGGAGAAACGGGUGCAGAGGGAACGGGAGGACGAGGAGCUGAACAACCCCAUGAAGGUGCUGGAGAACCGCACCAAGGACUCCAAGCUGGAGAUGGAGGUGCUGGAGAACCUGCAGGAGCUCAAGGACCUGAACCAGCGGCAGGCCCACGUGGACUUCGAGGCCAUGCUCCGGCAGCACCGGCUGUCUGAGGAGGAGCGGCAGAGGCAGGAGCAGGAGGAGGACCGCCAGGAGACUGCGGCCUUGUUGGAGGAAGCCAGGAAACGGAGACUGCUUGAGGACUCUGACUCGGAGGACGAGGCCGCUCCUGCCCUGCCCCGGCCGGCCCUCCGGCCCAACCCCACGGCCAUCCUGGACGAGGCCCCAAAGGCCAAGAGGAAGGUGGAGGUCUGGGAGCAGAGCGUCGGCAGCCUGGGAGGCCAGCCCCCGCUGUCCGGCCUGGUCGUGGUGAAGAAGGCCAAGGUCGACCUGGACGGCAGCCCCACGCGGGGCCCGGCCCCAACAUCAGACGCCCCCGAGAGCAGGAAGGUGGCCAACCCUGCACCCCUGCCACCGGCCGCCUCCUCCCUGAGCCAGCUGGGUGCAUACCUGGACAGCGACGACAGCAACAGCAGCAACUGAGCCAGCCCACCCGGGCCCUCCCCGUCUCAAGGUCACGAGGCUGGCAUCAGCCACGUGGAGGCUGGGGCAGGAGACCUCCGCACCAACCACAACCACAGAGGACAGGCACCAGCCUCCACCAGGCCCAUGGGGCAGCGAGGGCAUCGGCCCAGGACGUGCUUCCUUCUCGCCCUCACCAGCCCCUAGCACCUCGGGAACCCGCCCCCGGCCCCCUAACCUGGCACUGCGAGGCCUGUGACCUCCUAGGCAUCUCUGCGUGACUUCAGGUCCGUCCUGGACAUGUGGGCUGUAUUUGGAGCAUGUGGGUAAACCCAGCCACCCCCAGAGGGCUCCAACCAAUAAAAAGAAACCACCCACCCA